CCGUCCCGGUGCCGUCUCCAGGCAGCCGGGAGCCAGCCCUGCCGGGAGGAGGUGGCGGAGCCCUGUCCCGGUCUCUCCCUGUCGGGCUGGUGAAGUCAUUGUCAUUACGGCUUCGGGCCUGACCCGCUGAAUGGGGUCUCCGGUGCCACCGGAACGCCGGAGCCGUGACUCAGGCCCCGUGUUCAGUGGGGUUGCUCCUGAAAUUAUCGAGGACACACUGAUCCACUUGGCCACGGAGAAUGAGCAGUACUUGAGUGAGCUGCCCGAGCAGGCCGGGUAUUUCAAAGAGACACGGAUUGUGGAGUUUAUAUUCCUUUUGGCUGAAAAAUGGCGCUUGGACCAAUCAACGCGGUACCAGGCAGUGGAGUUACUUGAACGGUUUAUGAUCAAGCAGGUAGAACAGAUGUGUGAUGACAGAGGGAACACUAAAGGUCGUGACCAAGGGCAGAGGAGCAGCUGGAGCUCUGUGAGGGAUCAGAUAGCCAGCACCUUUGUCCUGCGACUCGUGUCGUGUGUCCAGCUCGCCAGCAAACUCUCUCUGCACUACAGUAGAGUGACCAGUGACACAGCUUUAAAAUUUCUGCAAUCCUUAAAAUACUCCUACACUAAACAGGAAUUGCUGGAGUCAGAGCUUGCUGUUUUAAACACUCUGCACUUCCACAUCAAUGUGUCAACUCCGUUGGCCUACGUGGAAUUGCUCCUGGAGGUUCUAGGAUACAACGGCUGCUUGCUUCCUGCCAAACCCUUGCACCAGCUGUGUGUGCAGCUGCUGGACUUCUGCUACCUGACCAGAGAGACCAUCUAUGACACUUUGCUGAAGGUUGCCAUUGAAAACUCCACACCAAGCAAACUGCAGAUAGCCAAGUUUUUAACAGUGAAGGAAGAUUUCAUGCUCUUGGCUGUUGGAGUCAUCAGUACAGGUGUGUUCAUCCUGACCCCUGGGCACUGGGAGCAGGUUGUGGAGCAUUUAAACUGCAUCACUGGCAUUUCUCCACAAAGCAUCCUGGAGUUCUCCUACGCUGUGGUGAGGCGCAUAGUUGGCAGCCCCACACCUGAGCAGCACCGUGGGAACUGUGGAACCAAAUCUCCUGAGCACAGAAUUCUGCCUCAGAAAUAAACCACCCUGUCCAUGCAGUCACUGGCACAGCACAGGAACUGUCACACUGCUGACAACUGUGACACUGCCCAGGCACCCAGCGCAGCUCAGGGUUACCUGAACUGUGGAACAGCCUGGCAGUUGUGUUAAUUAGCAAAACUCAUCCUGCUAGGCAUUGGACUCAUACCCUGAAGGGAGGCCCAACAGCAUCAUAGUGUUUAGAAAUGCCCCAAAAGCUAAUUAUAAAUAUUAUAAUUGUAUUAUAUAUAAUUAUAAAGCUGCAUCUUUUAAGUUUUUAAUCUAAGUUCCCUUUAACCAGAGACCCCUCAGAGUAGCUGUGUUUGAAAGGUGCUGCCAUGCCUGGAGCUCAGCUGGGACUGGGAUUGCUGGCACCAGCUCUCACACCCAUGUUACAAAUGAGGCUGUGCUGUCUCCUCCUGCUGCUUUUAUAAAAUCCCUGUCUCAGCUGCCUUUGAUUGUCCCCUGUGUGCCAGCACUUGGGCCCUGUUUGCUCUUGCCCCACCACAGCCAGCAGUGACAGCAUUGUGAUGGGGACAGAAUGGGGCAGUGCUGGGUGUCCCUGAGAGUGCCAGGGAUUUGUGCUGUGCCAGGCACUGCUGGCUGGAAACACCUGGAGUGUGGAAUAGUUUCCUCAGUGCAGCCCUGUGCAGGAACAGGAAUUACAGUGCUGUAAAGGUAUCAAACCUUGUUAAGUGCAGUAGCACAAGAAGUGCUGGUAUGACGUAGAAAAUACUUUAUUUCAAAUUGUAGUUAUUCUUUAAUGACCAGGCCGAGUUCUGACAGUUUUAUCAAUUAUUGCCCAGGUUUGUAAGGUCUGCUUUUCCAACCUUACAUUAGCUGUAACAGAGCAGCAUCAAACUGAUGGGUGUUCUGAAGUUUGACAAUGAUUUAUGUGCAUGGCCAUAAACCCCAAAAAUAACAGUUUAGAAUCCAUUUAAUAGCUGGGUUUUAUUCUGUUCAACUCGAUGAUACAACUUUGCAUAUUGCUUUUCUAUAAACUACUUGUAAUAAUGGUAUUUUAAAUAAAGUGUCUUGUGGA